AUGACCCCAUAUAGAGUACAUCAUAUCGUUUACAAAGAGAAGAUUUUUGGAUUAGAGAGUUGGGAACAGCCAUUCCCUAUGGAUGCAAUGACAAAAUUAAUGUAUCCAGCUGGUCAUAUUAUUACUGGUGACCUUGGUAUUGUUACCAAUGAACAACUAAGAGAGUUGCUAACCAAGGGACCAAAGUAUAGAAUCCCCCAGCCCAACAACUGGAAAAAGAAUUUCAAGUUACUGAUGGAUGCAGUUGAGGACUAUGCAACACAAUCCUGUCAAACGUAUAAAGAUGUUGAUGGCGCAGGUUGUACAUGUGAUAAUACUAAUUGUUCAAUAAAUAUAUUGAAUGAAUUUUCCCUUCAUCACCUAGAAACAACCACAACAACUUCUACAACAACUCAAAGUAUAACUCAAAGCACAACUCCUACCACUGCUGCCACCACUCCUACCACGAAAACUCCUACCACAACUCCUUCCACUACAACUACAACAAAAUCUCCUACUACUACAACUGCUACUACAACCACAACUCCUACCACAACUCCUACCACAACAAUUCCCACCACAACAACUCCCACCACAACAACUGUUACUACAACUACAGCUCCUACGACAACUCCUACCACAGCAGUUCCCACCGCAACAACUCCUACAACGACAACUCCUACCGCAACUACCACAGCGACAGGUCCAAGGACUUGUCAUAUAUGUGGAGAUACGUCGUUACCAGUUCCAUGCAGCAGUAGACAAAUUGGAAGAGAUUUAUCACAUACCUGUAAUACUGGAGAAAAUUACUGCAUGACAGAUAUCGUCCAAGACGACCAAGGCAAUGUUGAUGUUUUCAAAAGAUGCGUGGAUUUAGCUACAUGUGAAAAGAAAUGGAUUACAGAGUCGGCAGAUCUCGAUUAUUGUAAACGAUAUGGAGUAGUGAAAAAUCCGUAUGCCUUUUCUUGUCAUUUCUGUUGUACCGAGGAUAAAUGCAAUUCUAUGUUAGUUCCGAAUACAACCACGUGGUAUACUAAGACCAAUUAAGUAUUCGUGUUGUCAAAACGGCUAUAAAAAGUUUAAAACGA